GUGUAAUGAGGAAUUUCAGAGGUUUUUCGGUCUGUUUUGUGUUGUAGGGAAAAAAAAAGAUGAGCAGAACGGGUGCAGAAAUACGUGCAAGCAAACAAAAACCAAACCAAAGAAGCUGGAUUAAACGAAUGAUGGGUAAUGAUUCUAAAGGGCAGUCCAGUGAGAACAAAGUCAAGCUGAUACAAGAGCGUAUAAACCUUGUGGAGCGACACUUUGGUCAGCUGUGUGAUGAUGUGGCAUCUUACACGCGGAAAUGUGCCCGCCUCAGGGAUAAAGGUGAUCAGAUAGCGAAGGACCUGGUGGAUUAUACAGAUGCUGAGACCUAUAACCCCAGUAUGGUCAGGUCACUGUCAGAGUUUGCUUCAAAUCUGUCUUCAGUUCAGGACUACAGACAAGCUCAGGUAACAAGGCUGGAAGCCAAGGUUCUAACACCUCUUGCAAAUUAUGGACUAAAAUGUAAACAAGCUAAAAAUGAUAUCAAGGAGGGAAUGAAGACACAAGAACUAGAAGUCACCCAGCGUAAGAAGCUGGAAAAACUGCGACAGAAAGCACCUGCUAACAGAGCCCAGCUGACAAUGGCCGAGACAGAGCUACAGAAAGCCAGCGUCAAGGCAUCAGCCAUCACAAAGAAUCUAGAACAGCUGAUUGAUAAAUUUGAGGAGGAGAAAUUAAAAGAUCUAAAGAAAAUAUUGACAGACUUUGUCAACAUUGAGAUGAUCUACCAUGCCAAAGCUUUAGAAAUGUACACAGAAUGUUUCCAGAAUAUUAAAUCAUUUGAUUUGGAUGAAGACGUAGAGGAAUUUAGGUCCAAAAUGCAGCCAUCAAAUUCUGCCACCAGAAUGAACAUGGUGAGGUCUUCCUCAUACACAUCGCUGGAGUCAGCGGAGGACCGCCCCCCACCGUCCAAUCUCCGACGACAACAGUCGGCCCCCACCAGCCGUAAUGUCACCCCCACCAAGUCAGCCAACACUAGUGCCUCAUUACCUCUCAAGUCCACUGUGGAUUCCAGGAAUGGUUUGGAUGAUGAAGAAUCGGAGGAAGAUGAAGAUGAUGAAGAGGAAUCUGAUGACGACGACGAUGAUGAUGAUGAUGAUGAUGACGAUGAAUACACAGAGACGGAGACAGCUCGUACAGAGACAGCUAGAUCCACCGCACGGACAGACAAACCAUCAGGUCAAUCAGAAAAGACUGUCAUUAGGCCGCCCUCUAGUCUGAUAAAGAAGGUCUCCCAGUGAGGCCUCAGUGACGGAGAGUCUGUAAAUCAAGUCUGAUGACAUCAUCAGUGAUUAGUUUGGCCCUCAUCAACACAGCUCUGUUAACCAAACACAAGGCAUGGAUUCAGGUGGAAAAUUAGGCUAUGCAAUAUUUAUGUAAGAAAUAAGUUUUAAUUCUUGUGCCUACUUGUACUUAUGAAAUUUAAAGGUUUCCUGCCAUCUACUAUUGAAAUUUGAAGAGAAGAGAUUAGAGAUUUAUACACUUGGAAUUCUGUAAAGUACAAUAAUUAUCAUGUAUAUUAAUGCAUGUGUAUAAGUAAAGUAUGUCUUAGUUAACUUUUGAGAACACAUAUAUCUUUAAUAUUUUCAACAAAUAUUAAGUAUUGGUGCUCAUGUGAUGAACAGAACUGUACUGACAAGUGGUUGUUUUUGAGAGUCUGAAUAUUUUGUAUACAGUGAAUUUAUGCAUUUUCUGUGAAUGGUUCACACAUCCGUCCAGCAUUUAUCAAUAACCAAGUUGUUAUUUAGUAUUGUGAUAUUUUAAAGGUUAACAAUGUAUUUGGUUGUUGAUUUUAAGAUUACUUUAUUAAUUGCCAAGAAUAACGUGUUAUUUAUUAUAUUUCAUUUCCCUCUUUCGAAAAGUGCAUUGACAUUUUACUUUUUUGGUUAUUCCAGUAAGAAGCUUAAUUUAUAUAUGAUACUUUUAUGAUAUAAACCCAUGUUUAAAAAAUAUUUAAUGGCAGUUUAUAUUUUGUGCCAUCAUCAUAAUAUGUAUAUUACAUAGGAUAUUUUAAUAGGUUGGAAGGAAAAAAUACAAGGGUUUUCUAUUAAAAAGCAUGAAUUUAAAAAAAUAAUCUCAGGAAAUCUAUAGAUCUUGCAUAAAUCUAUAUUUACAACAUGAGUACAUUUACCAGUACAUGUACAAAGCAUAUGAUCUGCCAUCAAUAUUUUUUGUUAACUACCACUCAUUAAUAUAUCAUUUUAGUGCAAUUGUUAUUUAUUUUUAAAAAAAUAUGCCCUUUUACAAGAAAUUGGUUCACAAAUGCAAAAUAAAUUUUUCAAGAAAAUAUAAUCUAGAGAGCCAUUUUGACAUGACCAGUUUUGUUGUGUAUUUUCAAAUAUCCUCAUAAAAUUCAAAUUUUAAAAAAAAUCAUGCUAUUUCCAUCAAAAAUUUAUACUGGUAUUUGUAAUAUCUGCCUUGAAAGGAAAUUUAACAUUCGUCAAAAGGGUAGAAAAAAAGAGUUUUUAUAUGUUAUUAGAUUAUAUGGCAUAAAAAUCAACAGGUUGUGAGACCAAGAAAACCUGCAUUUUAGAUAACUUUAUAACAGUAUUUCUGGGCCAAUUCUUUUUCACCUUGCCACAGUACACUGAAUUUCACAUUUUGUAUUUAUUAUAAUAUCAUUAUAGCAUGAGUAAAUUUACUAUUUGUUUCGUAGUAUUGUUUUUAAUAUUUCUUGUUUGCAUUUGUGAAAGUUUAUACUAUAAAUAUGUAAUAGUAACAUGUUAGGUAUUUUGUCACAAAGAUUUGAAAUCUGGUUUAUUAUAUAGAACCAUGAAAGAAUAAUUUUGGUUUUCUUGUAAUCUAAAGAAAGUAUCAUUUGGGCCCAUGUUAUUUGUAGCUAAUAUAUAAAUUUAAUUUCAAUAUUUACUUGCCAGCAGAAUAAAGAAAACCUGUACUGCUUGACAAAAAUGAACUGUGUAAUUGAUAUGCCAUAUGUAUUUUGCACGGUAUUACGCACUCCUCUGUUGUUGUUUUUUUUUCAGCCACUCUAUUAAUAUAAAAUUGGUAACUUUUUAAAUGAAUCAUUAUAAUAAAAAUUAUCACUUGAAACUUUAUUAUAGACAAACGUACAAAUUUAUACAUGUAUGUUUUGAGAUUGAAGUUACAUAGAAUCUCAUUCUUACAGAAUUUUGUUUCAUAUAUUCUAAUGCCUAUAGACUCUGAUUUGUUUUUAUAUUAUUAUUUACAGGUACAUACACUUGAAAUUUUUCUUUGAAUAUUAAAUUAUUAUUUGUGUCGAAUAUCGUUUCUGGCAGUGUAUUGAGAAAUAACUUUUGCACUACGCUGUUAAUGCAAUGCACAGUCUGUGAUGCAAGGACAGAUUCUACACACAAAUGUUUGAUAAAAAGCAGUUCAAUAAAAUCAUAAUUAUAGAGAAA